ACACUGGAAAGCAUAAAAAUGGCAGUGUUUAUAGUUGAUUAGUAUACAUGAUUAACAAAUGAGUGGGAUUUUGCUUGUCCCAAAGCGAAAUUUCUCUGAGAGUGUGUCUGUCUUGAUAGAGUAGUUGAGAUUCUUGCUGUUCUCCAACUAAAAGAUUAAUUUAUAUGAAAGAACAAAUUAAAGGGGGAAAAAUUAUAUUCAAAACAAAAAAUGAAAGGGAAAAAAAGAGAGGAAAGAUGGAUCGAAACGAGAUCCCCUUUUUCGAUAUACGAAUAAUUGUUUUUUAAUAUGUCUCUUUCUCAUGAUUUAGGAUUCCAAUUCCUCCCCCUUUUCUCUCUCUUUGUUCUCUCCACAUUCUCUUCAGAAAGAGAGAAGUUUUGGUUUCUUCUGUGAGUGUUUUUUUUCAGAGCUUUCUUCACAGCGUGGUCUUUUAAUGGCGUCGUCAGAGAAGUCUACCUCAAAGGGUCAAGCAUGGUUCUGUACGACUGGAUUACCUAGCGACAUUGAAAUCGAAGUUGAUGAUAUGACAUUUCAUCUCCAUAAGUUUCCUCUCAUGUCAAAGAGCAGGAAACUUCACAGGUUGAUAACAGAGCAGGAGAGUAGAUCAUUUUCUUCUGUAAAUCCCCAAACCUCCAUGGCUCUAACUGUAGUAGUAGCAGAGAGUGAUAACAAGGGAAAAGGCCAUGAAAUCGAGGAUGAAGAUGAAGAAGAAGACGAGCAGGAGAUUGAAGAAAAUAGUUUCCCCCACAUAAAGCUCGAGGAUUUCCCAGGGAGUUCAGAGAGCUUCGAGAUGGUGGCAAAGUUCUGCUAUGGAGUCAAGAUGGACCUCUCAGCCUCCUCUGUCGUUCCACUUCGCUGCGCCGCCGAGCAUCUCGAAAUGACGGAAGAGUAUUCACCAGAUAACCUCAUUUCAAAGACGGAAAGGUUUCUCUCCCAUUCCGUCUACAAGAGCUUACGAGAAUCCAUCAAGGCUCUUCAAGCUUGUGACUCAGUCUCUCCUUUAGCUGAAUCGCUUGGUAUAACGGAACAAUGCAUAGAGUCUAUCGUCUCCAGAGCUUCCUCAGCCGAUCCUUCACUAUUCGGCUGGCCGGUAAACGACGGCGGCGGCGGAGGUGGAGAGGGAGACAUAACCGUCGCUGAUCUGUCGGUUAUUCCCGGUGGUGGCGCGUCGAAAUCUACUCGGAAGAAACAGAAUACGGAGGUGUGGUUUGAAGAUUUGGCGCAGCUGAGCCUUCCCAUCUUCAGAACGGUGAUCCUAUCAAUGAGAUCGGAAGAUCUAAGCUCAGAUAUCAUAGAGAGCUGUUUGAUUUGUUACGCCAAAAAGCAUAUUCCUGGAAUCUUGCGAUCCAACCGAAAACCGCCGUUAUCAUCUUCAGAGAACGAACAGAGGGAGAUACUCGAGACGAUAACCUCUAAUCUUCCAUUAGAUAAAAGCUCCAUCUCCGCAACCACGAGGUUCCUCUUCGGGCUACUACGAACGUCCAUCAUCCUCAACGCGUCGGAGACUUGCCGCGAUUUACUGGAGAGAAAGAUUGGAUCGCAGCUAGAGCGAGCGACGCUCGACGAUUUGCUAGUCCCUAGCUAUUCAUACCUCAACGAGACGUUAUACGACGUCGAUUUGGUGGAGAGAAUCCUGAGCCACUUUCUCGACUCCUUGGAACAAUCCAACACCGCUCUAGUUGAAGCUGACGGAGAUCGAUCUCCGUCACUGAUGCUAGUCGGGAAACUGAUCGACGGAUUCCUCGCGGAGAUCGCAUCGGACGCUAAUCUCAAAUCGGAGAAAUUUUAUAACCUAGCGAUCUCACUCCCUGAUCAAGCUCGACUCUACGACGAUGGACUUUACAGAGCUGUCGACGUAUAUCUCAAGGCGCAUCCAUGGGUAACGGAAGGAGAGAAGGAGAAGAUCUGCGGCGUGAUGGACUGUCAAAAACUUACGUUAGAAGCGUGCACACACGCGGCACAGAACGAGCGGCUUCCGCUACGAACCGUCGUACAAGUCCUCUUCUUCGAGCAGUUACAGCUCCGCCACGCGAUCGCCGGUACGCUUUUAGCGGCUCAAUCGCCUUCUCCGUCUCAGUCAACGGAGCCGAGACCGUCAGAGAUAAGGAAUCUGACGAUAGCGGAGGUGGUGAACGGGAGAGGAGGAGAAGAGGUGGAAGGUGGGAAGUGGAAGAAGACGGUGAGAGAGAAUCAGGUGCUUCGGUUGGAUAUGGAUACGAUGAGGACGCGUGUUCAUCGGUUAGAGAGGGAAUGCUCCAACAUGAAGAAAGUCAUCGCCAAGAUUGAUAAAGUUGGUUCGCCUGCGGCGACGACGGGUAGCGAUCGGCCGAGGAGUUGGUCAAUCACGAAAAAAUUCGGAUGCAAAUUCAAGACGCAGGUGUGUGAUUCGCAGGAGGCAACGGUGGUGGAUCAUAGAUCACGACGGGUUUGAUGAAUCUCAUUGUAUAGAAUCAGGAAAGGAUAUGAUGAUGUUGAUUCUUGGAUUGUUAUUUUUAUUUUAAUCCGUGGAGAUUUCUUGCUUUGUUACGUUUUGAGUUUUUCUCGUAUAACCAAAAUAAACGGAUCUGAAUUAUUAGCAA